AUGUCGGUCUCCCUUGCAGCUUCUUCAACACCCGUCAAACGGGCGCUGGACCUUAGCGUCAAAGCCGCUCAUGCUAUGUUACAUGGGCGCGCUCAAGGAGAAGAGCCGAGCUUUCUCAUCGUGGAUGUGCGGCGCACCGAUAUUGAGGAAAAUGCACCAUACCUGAUACCUGGGGCGAUCAAUCUCCCAGCUCAGACAUUCCAGGCUACUUUGCCAGCCUUAUAUCCCAUACUCAGCCGAUACGAAAUGGUCAUCUUCCACUGCUCGUCCAGUAACGGACGUGGACCAAGAUGUGCGAAUUGGUAUCAGGAAGAGCUGGAUCGCCGGAACGAUACCAAGUCGCAAGCUAUGAUCCUGACGGGCGGGAUCAAGGCAUGGGCGGAGGCGUACCCGGAUGAGCUUGUCCGCCUGCCAGCACAAAGCUGA